AGGUGUGUCCCCGGCCCGAGGGAGUGGGCGUCCCCCCGUCCUCGCGCAUCUGCCGGCCUCCCUGGACGGGUCCCCCCGCUGUCCUCUGGUGAGCCGUGGGAGGCCAGAGUUCUGCGGACCUUGGAGAUCCUGGUGUUGGACUUGGGCGCUGAUUUUCAACCCCCGCUCCGUGCUUGGGCUUUUCUCCAGGAGGUCACAAUGUUGAUUGGAGCAUCUCUAGUGGGGGUGCUGCUGUUCUCCAAGCUGGUGCUGAAACUGCCCUGGACCCAGGUGGGAUUCUCCUUGCUGCUCCUCUACUUGGGAUCUGGAGGCUGGCGUUUCAUCCGGGUCUUCAUCAAGACCAUUAGGCGCGAUAUCUUCGGUGGCCUGGUGCUUCUGAAGGUGAAGACAAAGGUUCGGCGGUACCUGCGGGAGCGGAGGACGGUCCCUGUGCUGUUUGCCUCUACAGUGCAGCGCCACCCUGACAAGACAGCGCUAAUCUUUGAGGGCACAGACACCCACUGGACCUUCCGCCAGCUGGAUAACUAUUCAAACAGCGUGGCCAACUUCCUGCAGGCCCGGGGCCUGGCUUCAGGCGAUGUGGCUGCCCUGUUCAUGGAGAACCGAAAUGAGUUCGUGGGACUGUGGCUAGGCAUGGCCAAGCUGGGCGUGGAGGCGGCACUCAUCAACACCAACCUCCGUCGAGAUGCCCUGCGCCACUGCCUCACCACGUCGCGUGCACGAGCUCUCAUCUUUGGUAGUGAGCUGGCCCCAGCUGUCUGUGAGAUCCAUGCCGGCCUGGACCCCUUGCUCAGCCUCUUGUGCUCUGGUCCCUGGGAGCCCAGCUCAGUGCCCACUGGCACAGAGCACCUGGACCCUCUGCUGGACGACGCCCCCAAGCAUCUGCCCAGCCGCCCCAACAAAGGCUUCACAGAUACGCUCUUCUACAUCUACACGUCAGGCACCACAGGGCUUCCCAAAGCUGCCAUUGUGGUGCACAGCAGGUACUACCGCAUGGCCGCCCUGGUGUACUACGGAUUCCGCAUGCGGCCCGAUGACACUGUCUAUGACUGCCUCCCGCUCUACCACUCUGCAGGAAACAUCGUGGGCAUGGGGCAGUGCCUGCUCCACGGCAUGACAGUGGUGAUCCGGAAGAAAUUCUCAGCCUCCCGCUUCUGGGACGAUUGCAUCAAGUACAACUGCACUAUCGUGCAGUAUAUCGGUGAGCUGUGCCGCUACCUCCUAAACCAGCCGUCCCGGGAGGCAGAGACCCAGCACCGGGUGCGCAUGGCGCUGGGCAAUGGCCUCCGGCGGUCCAUCUGGACGGAGUUCGCUGGCCGCUUCCACAUCCCCCAGAUUGCCGAGUUCUACGGCGCCACUGAGUGCAACUGCAGCCUGGGCAACUUCGACAGCCAGGUGGGGGCCUGUGGCUUCAACAGCCGCAUCCUGUCCUUCGUGUACCCCAUCCGGCUGGUGCGUGUCAACGAGGACACCAUGGAGCUGAUCCGGGGGCCCAAUGGCGUCUGCAUCCCCUGCCAGCCAGGCCAGCCAGGCCAGCUGGUGGGCCGCAUCAUCCAGCAAGACCCUCUGCGCCGCUUUGAUGGCUACCUCAACCAGGGCGCCAACAACAAGAAGAUCGCUCAGGAUGUCUUCAAGAAGGGGGACCAGGCCUACCUCACUGGCGACGUGCUGGUGAUGGAUGAGCUGGGCUACCUGUACUUCCGGGACCGCACAGGUGACACGUUCCGCUGGAAAGGCGAGAAUGUGUCCACCACCGAGGUGGAGGGCACGCUCAGCCGCCUGCUGGACAUGGCUGACGUGGCGGUGUAUGGUGUCGAGGUGCCAGGAACUGAGGGCCGGGCCGGCAUGGCGGCCGUGGCCAGCCCUGCCAGCAGCUGUGACCUGGAGCGCUUUGCACAGGCCUUGGAGAAGGAGCUGCCCCUGUAUGCGCGUCCCAUCUUCUUGCGCUUCCUGCCCGAACUGCAUAAAACAGGGACCUACAAGUUCCAGAAGACAGACCUGCGGAAAGAGGGCUUUAACCCGGCCGUGGUGAGGGACCCGCUCUUCUACCUGGACUCCCGCAAGGGCCGCUACGUCCCGCUGGACCGAGAGGCCUACACCCGCAUCCAGGCCGGCGAGGAGAAGCUGUGACUUCCGCCCAGAGCAGUCCUGGGUGAUUCCAGACCAAAGCAAGCAGGGCCCGCACCUCAGUUCCAAGGUGCUGAUCCCCUCCCGCCAAAACUGCCAAGUGACGCACUGCCGCCUCCCCAGCCCUCCAGGGCUUUCUGUGAAAGCCUUGUGUCCGGGUGAUAUCAGGGCCUCCGCUGAGACUGAGGGGCCCCUCGGGACAGUGUCUGGAUGAGGAUGAAGGGAGAGGUGAAGAGGGAACUGGCAAAUGGGACCAAGGCGAGUGGCCUCGGACUCAGAAGGCCGAGACUGGGCAGGGACAGCAGUGGCUGUGGGUCGGGUGGCCAGAGAGGACCCUUGCCUCAGCCCUGCCUGCACCUCCGGGAGGAGAGGGAGAGCAUCAGCAUGGCCCUCUACUCCCCACCACAGCAGGGCAGGACAGCACCCCUACAUCCUUGUCUCCUGGGGGCCGCCUAGCUGUCCCUCAGAGCCUUUGGUCCCUUUGGGUCUGCAUCGCCUUCUCCGUCCCAACCCCGGCCCGGCUGUGAGAGGAAGGGUGGGAGGGUGAGGGCUCGGGGCCAAUAAACUCUGCCUUGACUCCCAGCCUGCGUGCUGCGGCCU